UAGACUUUCAACUCAGAAAAAUAGUCAUAGAGACGCAGAGAUUCAGGAAAAAAAAUACAUAAGAAAUUUUUAGCUUUUGAUUUAGAAACACUAAAGCAUUGUUUUUUCGAGAUCUCAAGUUCUUCAAUCCACUAAAGGAACUGGUUGUCCUUGGUCAUGGCGAAUUCGAAGGGGUCAACAAAUAUAAGAAAUUUGAUGUUUGCCGGAAAACAUGCUUUGCUUCCUCCUAAAAGUCCUUUUCCUAUAGCCUCCCCUGUGUAUACCGAUUAUAUCCCGAACAAUGUAAUUGGAUCAAAAGCAAUUCAAAAGUCUAGAGUGGGAAGUAUGUACCACCAGCGUACUUCCUCUGAAAGUCAUCUGAUAGAGGAACAACCUUCUUGGCUUGACGAUCUCCUUAACGAGCCAGAGUCUCCUAUGUACAAAGGCCGUCAUCGACGUUCAUCUAGUGAUUCUUUUGCAUUCAUUGAUGUAUCCAGUGCACCUAACCUAGAUAAUGUAGCUCGGGAUGAAUGUAGAUAUAAAAGUAUGAUUUCCUCACCUUCUUGGACACAUCAGGACUUUGAUCAUCACAAUCAGAAAGAUGCUCGGGUUAACUCUUUCCAUGCCGGUGUAAACUUGGUAAAGCAAAAAAAUAGGGCAUGGGAUUCACCUUCUCUUAGAGAAAACAUGUUUAUCCAAGGUUUAACAUCAUCAUGUACACUGGAAGAACCGGAGGCUCCGCCAUCAACAGCGAGUGAGAAAAAAGAUUCUGCUGAAUCUGCAUCUCUUGAUGCAAAAGGUUCUUCCGAGAAAAAGGAUAAUUCUCACACAAAGUCUUCUUCAUCUGACACCGACUCAAAACGUGCAAAGCAGCAGUUUGCUCAACGCUCAAGGGUGCGUAAACUCCAGUACAUAGCUGAGCUCGAAAGAAAUGUACAAGCCUUGCAGGCAGAAGGGUCUGAAGUUUCAGCUGAGCUCGAAUUUCUCAACCGGCAGAAUCUUAUUCUUGGCAUGGAGAACAAAGCUCUUAAGCAACGUUUAGAGAGUUUAGCUCAAGAACAAGCUAUCAAAUUUCUUGAGCAGGAAGUAUUGGAGAGGGAGAUCAGUCGGUUACGAGUCAUGUACCAGCAGCAAAAUCAACAGCAGCCGUUGUCUAGCCAUCGACGCUCUAGCAGUAGAGAUCUUGAUUCCCAAUUCGCAAACCUCUCCCUGAAACAUAAUGAUACCAGUUCCGUUCUUGACCCUAUCACCGGUCCAGUUCGCAUCUAAGUUCUUAAUUUAGCCGCCACUGCCACCUCCGUUAUACAGAUUCUUCUUCAACACCUGACGUUGUACCCGUCUUCAACUCUUUAUCGCAUGAGACGACACAAAACAUGUGUGAGGUAUUUUACCACGAAAGUAGAUUCCGCGUGCACCAAAAGCCGAGACGACCCUUUCGGUUUCUGCAAUUGGAGCAGGAAGAAGAAAAAGACGAAGAAAUUAGGUUCACCCCAUUCAUAAUUUGAUCCAUUUAAUUACUCUUUCAACUUCCAUAUUUCCAAUCUAAGUAUGGUGAAUGUUCAACUUCUCUUGAACAAAUACCAUUAAACAUUUGUAUUGCUUGAACUGAAAUUGGAUUUAGGGUUUAAAAA